CUCCAGACAUUGCUGAACAUCUGCUCAAGGCCAUAAGAGGCAGCAGAAGGCGUCGCACACGUGCUUGCCCGCCCGCUCAGAUUUUAUUCUGGCGGCCAGUCGAGUCGAGUCAAGGCGAUGGAUGACGACAAUGUUCUCGAAGGGCGCGCCUCUCGCCAGCCCACUUUUCCUUUGCCAUAUCUACGCAGGCACGGCAGGCUACGCUCAGUCAGGCCAUAUUCCGAACUUCCACAACCUCACCAGCCACGCCCGACCCCUCCAUCACCUUCACAUCAUCACCAUUUGCAACCAGUCUAUCAUUUUGACACUGGAGUGAUGAAGCUCACGGCAAUUUACGUCUAUCCCAUCAAAGCCCUUCGUGGCAUCGCGCUUGCGAAGGCCCAUCUUGGCCCGCAAGGCGUCGAGCAUGACCGCCGCUUCAUGCUUUGCCGCGUCAAUGCCGGAGGAGAGCUUACCAAGAUUCAGCUUUCGGGGAAUCCUGAAUGCAGCCUAUUUCAGCAGGAGCUGGUCGUGGCGGACAGUCAAGAUCAGCACGGCGUGAUCCGCGUUCGCUAUCUGGCCUCCAAGGAUGGGCCGCUUGUACCCCAUCACCCGCUUCAAGACGAUGAGCUUGAGGUGCCUCUGAAUCCGGACCUGUCAGGAUUGAAGAGGGUCGACGUCAAUCUUCAUCAAAGCAUGGUGAAUGCAUACCGCAUGGGCGCACCUUACGAUGAGUGGUUCAGUGCGUGCUUCGGGUUUGAAACCGUUCUCCUCUACAUUGGCGAUCAACGACGCCCCAUUCUCGGAACAUUCGCGCCGCAAGACGAGGAAAAUCGCGCGACGUCCACAGGUUGGCUCUCUACCGUCUCUGGGUAUUUGCCCGGGCUCGGCGCUUCGCCUCUUCGGGAGCCUCCUUGGCUGGUCUUCUCGGAUAUGGCACCAUUCCUCAUAACCAACGAGCAGUCCCUCCGCAACGUGUCUGCUCGUCUCUCAGAAGGCGACAUGGAGAUGUGGAAGUUCCGCCCCAACCUCGUUGUUGACGCCAGUGACGAAUUUGAAGAAGACUUUUGGUCCGAGCUCUCUCUUCACGGCGCCCCGGCCUUCACACUCACCAAGCUCUGCAACCGCUGCUCGUCUAUUAAUAUCGACUACGACACUGGUCGCAUCGCAAAGGGAGAACGCGGCAUCGUUCUCAAAAAGCUCAUGUCGGAUAGACGCGUCGAUGAAGGGUACAAGAAUGCCCCCUCCUUUGGCAGGUAUGGCUUUCUUGCCCGCGGUGUCACCGGCCUCCACAUUGUGGUCGGCGACGACAUUACAGUCACAAAACGAUUAUCCGAAAGACCUGUCUGGGACUGGCCCAGGAAAUCAAAGGGCGACGCGUGCUUCUAUCAAUACGCAUGAGUCUUGCGGCUACAAAGCCCGGACUGUUGCUGCCCAUUGGCAUCCUGUGUUCAGCGUCAACUUUUUGGGAGCCAUUGAGGGUAUGAGGGAAGAGGCAACUAAAUCUAUCACAACGCUCACAGUGUCGUAGGACCGGUGCACGACUGUGAUACGCUUGCUGCUGCGUUUCGGUCCUGCCCGAUGGGCGGUGCUUGGGCAUAUCCACUUGGCAAGAUUCAGAUGGACCACGUCAUCUGUCCUCUGACCGACAACGUCUUUUACAUGACACUGUUGCAUGAAAAGCGCUCUAGAACCCGGCCGCCUCAUUAUAGGGAGCACCGUCCACCUGAGCGCCCUGAACCUCCUUACUCACCGAUGUCGCAAAGGCUCAGACCAUGCCCAACCACUCCAACGUUGCAUGAGCUGGCUUUGACAAAGACAAACUGUCGGGUGCAUAUGCAGUCCGAUCCGACUACUCUGGCUCCAGUCGCCGACCUUUGUGUCCAUGCCCACAGCCCGGGCCCUGGCAUGUGCCACGGUUACACAGACUGGGACCUCACCACCCGUUUACAUCUCCCUUUCCCCCACCAGCGAAUCUCUGUGCAACGGCGCACGACAGGCAAGACAUGCACACAUCCUAUCGCUUCGCAUAUCCGUGUGGACACACGGAGUGCCAUGGGGCGGGGAAGGGGGAUACUGGCCCCGGCACCCCGGUUUCCGCGGCCUUCUGGCCGUGUCUCGCCGCCGCUGUGCCUGGUGGAGUCACCGCCAGAGCGGCGGUUUGCUGGGCGGCCGCGAAAGACAAGCUGCGCAAAGGCCCUGCGUUCUUCUAGAAUCCUUCCCGUCUCUCCCGGUGUCGUGCGACGGUUUCCCUGCUUCAGCCUCCGGGGACGGGACGGCUGCCCUUCCGCGCGCCCAACUUGUUGUUGGUCGACUCGCGAUGGUGAAAAGGGGUAGGCCGGCCGACUCCGAUACGAUCAGCUGCCAAGUUAUGGAGCACUCCCCGUCUGGCCAUGGCGCAGCGACGGGACUUGCUUUUUCUUUUUCUUUGCGUAUUGGCAACUGGCCCACCAAUGUGUAAGGAAUGGUUGCCUGCCUCUCUGUUGGGAAAUGCAAUCUCUUGCAAUCUCUUGUCGAGUUUCUUUUGCGGCUUCGCCCUCUCCUUUGUCCUUUGAGUGUCGGCAGCCUGUUGCGCCGCCUGCCAAGACAACGUAGAGAACGCACACAAAGGUAAAACCGGUCAAGCACGUUUUUAUUUUGCGUCUUGAACAUGCAAUGAUUUUGCAUAACUAGUCUGUGUUAUUCGAGACAUGCCACCACCAUUUUUGUUGUGACCAUGCUUGUUGGCUCGAGCCAGUUCUUCUAGGUUUCGCGCGCGCCAGCAGACUUAGCAAGUGUGUGCAAUAUCACCCAUCCCGUCCCUGUCCUGUACCCGACUCCCG